CUAAACCUUGAAAGGAAUCUUUUAACAAGUCUUCCACAAUCUAUAGGAGACCUUGCCCAGCUCCAGAUGCUCAAUGUGAAAGGUAACAAGCUGAGGGAGCUGCCAGCUGCCCUGAGGGGGCUGCAGAGCCUGGACGCCCAUGAGAAGCCGCUGCGGGCGCUGCCCUCUGUGUGUUCUCUUUUGGAGACACUGGCCCUGGAUGCCUCUUCUAUGACCUACCCAUCACCUGAUGUUUGCAGUGCAGGUACAGAGGCCAUUCAGCAGUUCCUCUGCAAAGAGUGUGGAAUUGUCUACUAUCCCCCCUCACAGAGUCCACUCCACACGCUGGAGAGUGAUGGAGGAGGAACAGCAGUGGAUGGGGUGGACAGGGCAGUGCAGAAGUACUUGGAGGAGGAGAGUGAGUGGCAGAAAAAAUUAUUGGAUUAUGAGAAGAGGAAGGAACAGAAAAUGCAGGAGAAGUUGGAAUUUGAGCGGCACCUGAACAUGGAGCAAAGAGAACAAGCUCUGCUUGUCAACACUCAGAAAGAGGAAAUGCUUCAGACAGUAAGAGAGGACCAGAUGAGGCUGGAGGAGGGUCUGACCAAGCACCAGCACUGCCUGGAGGAGGAGCACCUGAAGCUGCUGCAGCAGCUGAAGGAGGCAGAGCAGGGUGUUGCCACUCGCAUCCAGAAGCUGCUGGAGGACAACCAGAGGCAGAAACAAAGUUCAGACAUUCUGAAAUCCUUGGAGAAUGACAGGAUCAGGAUGGAGCAGCUGAUGGCCAUAACGCAGGAGGAGAUAGAGCAUCUGCACAGGAGGGAGGUGGCCUCUGCCAUGCAGCAGAUGCUGGCUGAGAGCUACAAGAACAAGCUGAUCCAAAUGACCUACAAGUCCUGUCGGCAAGACCUUGUCAACCAGGCCUGCUUCAGCCUAGCAGAGAUGGAUGAGAAAUUCCAGCAAAUCCUGGCUUGGCAACAGCUGGACCAGAACAAAGCUGUUAGUCAGAUCCUGCAGCAGAUUGAGAUGCAGAAAGCUGCCUUUGAAGCUCUCCAAGUGAAGAAGGACCUUAUGCACAGGCAGAUCAGGAACCAGGUGAGUCAGCAACAGAGGAAAGAGCAACCAGCUACUCAGCUGACAGAGCCUGCCAGGAGACAAGCCCUUCUGUUGCAGGGGGUGAUCACAGAGCAACGCCAGGCACUCAGCUACCUGCUGCAGCAGCUGCUCAAGGAAAAGAACCAAAGGGAAGAGGAACUGUGACAAAUGCUGGUAGAACUGGAGAUGAAGAGUGAAACCAAACAGGAGAAUUACUGGCUGAUCCAGUACCAGCGCCUGCAGAGCCAGAAGCCCCUCUCCCAGAAACUCCAGGAGGGGAGUCUGGAGAGGCAGCUGGUGGCCCUGCUGAUGGACCUGUCUGCAGGGCAGUACGUGCCUGUCUUUGCCCACCACCGGGUCUCCCUGCGGGCGCUCAGCACCGUGACUGCCAGUGACCUGGAAAAGAUGGGCGUGCUGGGGGCUGGGCUGCAGAGAGCCAUCCCCAGGUGAGCUCAGGAGAUCCUGGCUGUGGCCAAGACCAUCCCAGAGCUGCUGAGGACAGUGGACACCGAGGUCCCUGCAGCCCCAGAGCCCAGUGCUCCCUUUGAGGAGCUUCCCAGCCCGGUGGUCCCAACAGCUCCAUCGCUGCAGUGGGAUGAGAAGUCUGAGUGUGUUGUCAGCAUGGAGCAAGAGACCCAGAUGAUUUUCCUGCCCUGUGACCACGUCUGUUGCCGCCAGACCUGCCAGCCCUGCUGCCAGCGGCUCCAGACGUGUCCCCUGUGCCGCAGGGACAUCCCGCAGCGCAUCCGCAUCUUCCAGCGCGGUUAG